GGUAAUCACGUAAUAUAGACACAGGUGAGAUUUCAGUGUCCUCGUGGCAUUGCGCUGAUGUGACCUGUUUGUGUGGGUCGUGUAUCUUCUUCACUCAUCUGGAAAGUUUAAGACAUGGAAAGUCAAGACCCUGCUGUUGAAGAGGCAGUGAAGGCAUCAGGCGAGUCCACCCUGGAAAAGGCCACAGCGAAAGCUAAAGAAACAUUUGACCAGUUAAUGAAUGUUUCACUUAACAUUGCUGUGACUGGAAAAACAGGCUCUGGGAAAUCCUCCUUUAUAAAUGCACUUAGAGGUCUAAAUGAAGAUGAUGAUAACGCAGCACCUUCUGGAGUCACAGAAACUACAAUGGAACCCACCAUGUAUGAGCAUCCCACAGUGCCAAAUGUGAAAAUCUGGGACCUGCCUGGAAUAGGAAGUCCAAACUUCAAAGCAAAUAAAUACCUGAAAGAUAUCAAGUUUCACACCUAUGAUUUCUUCAUUAUUUUAAACUCGGAGAGGUUCAUGGAGAAUGAUGUCAUGUUGGCUAAAGAAAUAAAAAAACAGGAGAAAAACUUUUACUUUGUUCGUUCCAAGAUUGACAAUGACAUUUUAGCAGAGAAAAGAAAAAAGGGAUUUGAUGAGCAGAACGUUCUUUGCAAAAUAAGAAAGGAUUGUCAGAAAAACUUGAAAGAACUGGGAGACCCCAAAGUUUUCUUAUCAUCUUUUGAAUUGGAGAAAUAUGAUUUUGAAAUAUUUCAAAACACUCUCGAAGAAGAGCUUCCGGACCAUAAGAGAUCUGCUCUUCUACAAGCCUGGCCAGUGUGCUCUGCUGAAUCUCUUGAGAAGAAGAUCAAGAUGUUUAAAGGAAUGAUCUGGGCUGUAUCUCUUGCCUCAGCUGGUGUAGCAAUAGUCCCUGUGCCUGGUCUAUCAGCAGCAUGUGAUGCAAGCAUGGUGUUGCUUUUUCUCACAAGGUGCUACUAUGCAUUUGGAUUGGAUGAUGGCUCACUGAGAAGGCUUUCAGAAAAAGUGAACAAGCCCUUGCUGGAACAUCUGGCCAAAUCAAAGUUUGCAUCUGCCAUUCGAGAAAAAGCAAUGGCCAGAUUACAAGUUUCUGUUUCACUUGCAACACUUGCUACCCUUGAAUAUGUUGCAAGUCUCUUUCCAGGGGUGGGCAGUGUUGCUGCUGCAGGAAUAUCCUUUGGUACUACUUAUUACCUCUUGAGAGAAGGGUUUAAACUUGCAGAUAUUGCUCGAAAAAUCAGAAAAGAGGCUGAGCUGGACACACUAUGCAACUCGUAGAUGUCCUGAACAUGUUUGUAUAAGAAUAUAUGGUAUUAGAUUGGUUUUGUUGGAUGAUUUAGGUUUCAGAUGCAUACAUCCUAUAUAGCAUGUAUGCAUAUUCUGCCUCUGUUAUGGGCUUAAUGGCCAUUUUGUGUUGAUUUAAUAAGUACCACCAUGUCUUCAUAUAGUCUUCAAAGAAUAGAUUACAGUGUGCAUGUGGAUGACUUCAGAAUUUAAUACUGUACUUUCAUUGAAUCUCAUGUUGAGUGUUAAAUUAUAUUAAUAUAGGCUUGUAUAAUCAUUUUAAAUCAUUAACAGUGUUCAUUUUCUCUGUUCAAAUAUG